CGUCACACAAUUGAGUAUUCUUGCGAGGCAACACAAAUGGCGCGGACAUCUGCUGCAACUAGCGAGUAUGAAAGAGCUCGACAAGAGAAGAUUGCGAAGAAUCAGGCUCUCCUAAGGGAUCUUGCCCUUGAUGCCGCCUCUGCAGGAAUCGCGCCUUCGGCGAGGAAAGCCGCGUCGAACGGUGCGGCAAAGAAGAAGAAGCCAGCCCCCAAGAAGAUAAAGGAAGAAGACAUAGGCCCACGGCGAACAUCAUCGCGCUUGAGGGGCAUUGUCGCAGACAGCGAAGUAGCUAAACGGAAAGCCGAGGACGAGCACGAGGCCCUCCGAGAGGCCGAAAGAGCAAAGAGACAGCGCGUUAGUGGCGAUAUCAAUCUUGGAGAUGCGCUGGUUGCCGGGAAUGAUUGGACUGCGAUUGCGGAUAUCAGAGCGUCAAGGCCCUAUGAGAGGACUUUCGAUGCCAAGAAGGAAACAAGUGACAAAGAGUUGCAGGCAUUGAGGGAGAAGAUGAGCAGUCUUGAACUGUGGGAAGACUUUACACCAAAUGAGAUCAAAAUCACCCCUGAGCGCAUCUACGCAAUGAGCUUUCAUCCCACAACCGACAAACCUCUCGUUCUCGCUGGCGAUAAGAUGGGCAAUCUGGGCAUAUGCGAUUGCUCACCACAGGCUCCAGCUGUCAAAAAGGAGGAAGACUCCGACGAUGAGGACGAUCGCUCUCCUGCCAUUACGACUCUCAAGAUCCAUACCCGUACAAUCUCGGCCCUGCAAUGCUCCCCUUCCUCCGCCCACCACAUCUAUUCUUCCUCAUACGACUCCACAAUCCGUCGCAUGGACCUCAAUAAAGGCGUCGCUGUCGAAAUCUACGCCCCUCCCGAUCCCUCCCACGACGCCCCUUUAUCCGGCAUCGAAGUCCAUCCCUCCGACCCGCACACUGUCUACUUCACCACCCUCGAUGGCUCCUUCGGACACCACGACACCCGUACGCCGUCCACCGAAACCGCGUCCUCACCUCUAUACCAGCUCUGCGAAAAGAAAAUAGGCGGCUUUUCACUGCACCCAACAUCGCCACACGUCGUAGCCACAGCCUCUCUAGACCGAACGCUCAAACUCUGGGACCUGCGCAAGAUCGCAGGCAAAGGCGAGAACGCACUGCCCGCCCUUCUCGGCGAGCACGAGUCGCGUCUGUCCGUCUCUCACGCCGCGUUCGCGCCAUCCGGCCACCUCGCCACGUCCUCCUACGACGAUACAGUCAAGAUAUACGAUUUCGCGACAGCAGGUUCGGGCGCGGCAGGUUUAGCCCUCUCAGAAGCCAAAAUGGCGCCUGUGACGGUCGUCCCGCACAACAACCAGACUGGACGAUGGGUAACGAUCUUGCGGCCGCAGUGGCAGCGCAGCCCGGUGGAUGGCGUGCAGCGAUUUGUGAUUGGGAACAUGAACCGCUUUGUAGAUGUGUAUACGGCGAGCGGGCAGCAGUUGGCGCAAUUAGGGGACCCGGAGCUGAUAACGGCGGUACCAGCGGUGGCCCAGUUUCAUCCGGAGAGGGACUGGGUUGCUGCAGGUACUGCUAGUGGAAAAUUGUGUUUGUGGAUGUAGGAUUGUAUUGGUCUGGAAAUUGUCUGAUUGGAGUUGUCUGGGUAUCGUUCUGAACGAAUGGAUGAGAAGAUAUAAACAUACUUCGCUGAUUGUACGAAGCGUUCUGCUAUCGUGCGCAGCAACCGCAAUCCGUAGAAAUAUGUGACGGGAGUUUCUGAGUCGAUAGUGAUGUAAUUCCAGAGUUUGCAGUGUUGACACAGUGUUGACAAGCACGAUUCAAGACUUCGGCCGAAAGCUAUUGAGCAUUACU